AUGCUAUGUGUACAAACAUCUAUUAAUCAGCAGAAUGAUAAAAUUCUAAAUAAAUGUCGCUGGGUUAUUGAUAAUAAUGAUCUUUUUUCAAUAUUACAGAAAUUCUUCACCGCAGUUUUGUUCGCCGUAGUUGCCUUGGCUGCCGCCGAUGUCAGCCACUUGGAUAGAACAUAUUUGCCACCUCUUGGAGCUGCCAGCAGCACUCAUGAAAAGUACGAAUCGGCACCAUCAAGCUUUGGUUCCACUUCUGGUUCCUUCAAAUCUGGUUCCAGCUUCUCUGCUCCUGAAUCUGCCUCCUCCUUUACCUCCAAGCAAUACUCUGCUCCAGACAGCUCUUCCAGUUUCAGCAGCCGCAGUGGAUUCUCUUCCGAUUCUAGCUCUUUCAAAUCUGGCUCCAGCUUCUCUGCACCCGAAAGUUCUGCUUCCUUCACCUCUUCCAAAAAGACUGAAUACAAAGCUCCCGCUUCCAGCUCCUUUAAGUCUGGCUCCAGCUUCUCGGCUCCUGAUACCGCUUCAUCUUUCAAUUCCUUCAAGACCUCUGAAUACAAAGCUCCUGCUUCCAGCUCCUUUAAAUCUGGCUCAAGCUUCUCGGCUCCUGAUACCGCUUCUUCUUUCAAUUCAUUCAAGACUAGUGAAUACAAAGCUCCUGCAUCCAGCUCUUUUAAAUCUGGCUCUAGCUACUCUGCUCCUGAAAGUUCUGCUUCAUUCUCUUCCUUUAAGACUACUGAAUACAAAGCUCCCUCUUCAACCAGUUCCUUCAAGUCUGGCUCUAGCUACUCAGCCCCAGAAUCUGCUUCCUCUUUCACCUCCAAGCAAUACUCAGCUCCAGACACCGAUGACAGUUUCAGCAGCCGAUUCUCCUCUGACUCUAGCUCUUUCAAAUCUGAUUCCAGCUACUCUGCCCCACAGUCUGCAGCUUCCUACUCAGCUCCUUCUUACUCCACAUCAUUCAGUGACUCCAGCUUCUCAGUUCCACAAACUGCUGCCUCUGGUGUUGAUACCAAAUACGCUGCUGAUGGUGGUUAUGUAUACUAAAUUUGAAUAUUAAAAAAAAAACGAAAAUAAAGCAAUUUUUAAAUAUGUUUAUAAAA